AUGAACCCAGAUCCAAACGAAUAUGGAUACUCGCAAACACCUCCAUAUCCGUCCUACCACGAACAAACCCACCUGAAUAUGCCGCAGCCACAGGCGCCGUGGGCUGGUUCGGCCCCAGGCUCAACCCCAGAGUCAUACAGCUACCCGGGAUCCCAGCGCUCCUCCCCAAACAGCACUGGGCAUAUAGACGACGCAGUGAGCUCCGCAUUUCACAAUAGUGGAUCCACAGGCUACCUCUCCCCGGAAGUUAUAUCGCAAAUCACAGCAACGGUGAUUCAGCAGCUCAAGACAACUGGGUUAGACAACCUACAAGGAUCGGGUGCGCCCCCGCCCCGUUCACAAUCACAACAGCCACCAUGGCAAAAGGAGGCCUCUUUGCAGCCAAACGCAGAGCCUCCUGCCGUACCCCCUCUGCGAAGCAGUUCAAUCCCCCCUCCCAGUUCGGCCGACAAUAUCCAUACUGUGAAUUUCCAGCCAAACGUCUCCGGCUACGCUAGUGAUAGUCGUCUCAGCCCCAAACCUACGCCUGAUCCCCUUGUGGAAAGAUGCAAUUCUACAUCGAGUCAGAGUAGUGACCGGAGUCAUCAUAGCCAUCACAAGGCGGAGCGCCCCAAGCCUCCAGAUCGGGACGCCACAGUUACGGAGAUGACUACUCUGGAGCGAAUUUGGGGGAAGUUGUUUGAAGAUGGUAAGCCGACGAAGAGGCUUGGCCAAUUCUUACGCGGAAUUGCGGUUCAUCUGAUUGAGGACUAUCCGCCGGGAAACACUCUGGUCAUUCCCCCUCACAAGCUGCAAAAAUUCUACCGUGAUACUCAUGAUCCCAAUGACCCUUAUCCAUGGCAAGACAUCUUCGACGACCGUACAUCUUCGAUAUCCCGUCUAUUCCGCGAAAUCAAGGUCGAACAUCAUCUCAUCCAAGAUGAUAUAGAAAAACGCCCAGAUAUCCCAGGCCUAACACCCAAAGGCUUCGAGACCUGGGCAACCUUGAUGAUACUCGCAAACCCAGGGCGCGAAUACGAGCGGCUCCAAAAAGCAGUCCUCAACAUGCCCAUCAACAACCCAGACGACAAGAAAGAGCGUUUCCCAAAGGAAAUCCCACGCCGUCUCUUCCCAGAAGUCGGAGAUAUCGCAAUCAGAGAAGACAUCGAGGACCGUCUGAUGGUCCACUGCGGCGUCGAUCUACCGUACAUCACCCCGGAAGAACGCAAUCAAUCCACCACCCGACCGACCCGAUCAUCCACCACAACCGCAUCACCCACAGAGCGAACCCACUCAUACGAGCGAGGCCGACCCCGCCCCACCGGUUCGACCCCAAGAUCAGCCCAACAACCACAACCAAGACCGGUCUCGACCGUCGUCACAGACGACGAAGACGAACCCAUCCCCUCAGUGCCAAUCGAGCGCGAACGCAAGCCGUACAGCGCCAAUCCAGGUGUCGGCAAAGUCUACGAAGAAUCAGGCUCGAGUCGCAGCCACGAGGACUCCUUCGCCACGCCCCGAGCCUCAGACUCUACCUACAAGGGACCGGCAUCGGCAUCGGAGCCAACUCCAGCACACCGCUUGCCCGAGUCCUAUGACCGCGACCUGCAGUACUCACACUCGGGAUCUGGCCAUUCUGCUGAUAAGCGGUUCUCGCAUGACUCCCGCAGCUCGUCACAGGGUGUGAAGCACCGCGGUGGUGGUGACUAUAGGCAUUCGGAGGGUGAUUUGCACAGUCGUGAUCAUUCGGCGAGAUAUGCGGGGCUGUCGGCACAUGAUUUGGGAUACACCGAGUCGCCUACUGCGAAUCUGUCUGAGGAUGAUGUGCGCAGGUAUCAUCGCGGUAGUCGGGGUAGUGAAGAUGAGUACUAUCGUGGAAGUGGGCAGAAUGGGGGGUCUGGGCCUUGGUAUGAUAAGUAUGACAAGUAUGCAUACCGUUGA